AGGUACUCCUCAUUACAGCUACAGACUGAUAGACAGAGAGCAGGGGAGGGCUGGAGACAGUUCUAUGAGUAGGAGAGGGAAGGAGAGAGAGAAACUGUGAACAGGGACAGUUAGAAAUAAGCAUUGCUACUUGUGUGCUCACCCUUCCUUGACCGCUGCCUCCCCACUCCACUACCUGAGGCACACAUACACACACACACAGGGAGGUGUUUAAGGGAGGCGUAGAGGGCUGACUCUCCAGGGAAGAAGGGAAUUAAACACUUUUGUUUUCAAUCCGCCGCGUCCAUACUCAGGAGAAAAAAAAAAAGGGAUUACAGCUUGUACGCCUGCCCCACUUAUUCCUCUCUUCUCUCUGCAUUUUGUUGUCACUGAGUUACUUUGGAGACUUUGGAUACAUCCUUCUUGAAUUGUUGGUCCGAGCUCAGAGAGGCAUGGCACACGGACAAAAGAGCCACAGGUGGGCAUUAACCCAGGGCUCCUUCAGCUUGGCACUGGGCCUGUCACUCUUCUCCCUCCUCCUGCUCACCGUCUCGGCCGCAGAGGAGUACGACUACUACAGCUGGCAGUCGGACAACUUCCACAAUGGCCGCUUCUACACCAAGCAGCCCCAGUGUGAGGACAUACCAGCUGACCUGCGCCUGUGCCACAAUGUGGGCUACAAGAGGAUGAGGCUGCCCAACCUCCUGGACCACGAGACCAUGCCAGAAGUCAAGCAGCAGGCGGGCAGCUGGGUGCCCCUCCUGGCCAAACGGUGCCAUGCUGAUACCCAGGUAUUUCUGUGCUCACUGUUUGCACCAGUGUGCCUCGACAGGCCCAUCUACCCCUGCCGCUCGUUGUGUGAGGCUGUGAGGGACAGUUGUGCUCCGGUGAUGGAGACCUACGGCUUCCCCUGGCCUGAGAUGCUGACCUGCGACAAGUUCCCCAUUGAUAACGACCUCUGCAUCCCCAUGCAGUUCACUGGGAACCAUGCGACCCAGCCACCAGUGCCGAAGGUGUGCCCUCCGUGUGACAACGAGCUGAAAGCAGAAAACAUCAUGGAGCAUUACUGCGCUAGUGACUUCGCCCUCAAGAUGAAAAUUAAGGAGGUGAAGAAGGAGAAGGGUGACCGAAAGCUGAUCGCAGCACAGAAGAAAAAGAAAGUGUUGAAGCAGGGUGUGCUAAGGAAGAAGGACCUGAAGAAACUGACCCUGUACAUCAAGAAUGGCGCCAACUGCCCAUGCUCCCAACUGGACAGCCUGGGCUCCAACUUCCUCAUCAUGGGCCGCAAAGUGGACCAACAGCUGCUGCUCAUGUCCAUUCACAAGUGGGACAAGAAAAGCAAGGAGCUCAAGUUCGCCAUCAAGUACAUGAAGUCUCAUCAGUGUCCCACCUACCACACCGUCUUCCAGUGAUGCAGCUCGCUGUGCCAUUCGCAGAGUCCACAACCGCUCUUCACACCCCAACUUGUUCCACAUAGACCCUAACUCUUGUUCCACUAAUACGUCCCUGAACCCCAGAAACCCUGCAAAAUCUUUUACAAGCCCACGACAUAGUCCCACAAGGCGUUGCAGAGUGGUCAAGCUUUUAUUUUCUCAGCUUCAUCAUGAAUCAGGUGGUUAAAGGGGGUCAUUCUGAUCUGCUUAGAUGAAUCAGACAUUUUAAUGCUGGAGAGGUGAAAAGCUGCACGUUCUGCAGCUCCCUGUGAAUAAUAAAAGCCCCAGAGAAACCACAGAUUUAUAACAAUCAAGAAGAAAAACAGACGUUUGCAAUUUAGUAGAAUCCUCCUUAACAACUCUCCUUUCUUUUUCUGAUAGAGUAGAACCAAUCAUUUCUAUGCUAUCUUAGAGCAACUUCAUGAAUGAGACAGUAGCAUUAAGAAAUGGGAAACUACAGAUUUGAGGAAACUCUUGGAGGGAAAUCAUAUUUGAUAAUGUAAUGAUCAUAGACAGACAGAAUGGAAAGGGAGCUGAGUGGGAAUGCAGGGUUUGCUUCUGUGUAAAAAAAAUAAAAUAAAGAGCUGACAGAAAUGAUACGCUACAGCAUAUGUGGGCUGUGCAAUGGGCCAGUGCACACGCUGGCACAGAGCUCCAAGGAACAACAUCAAAGCAGAGAAAUGUAGAUGAUCUACUUAACUGUAUGUUUUAAUAAUGUAAAAAGUAGGUAAUUCAGAUGAAUACUAGAUUAUUAGCAAACCGGGCUUUUUUUUCUUUUAUCCCUGCUGGGAAAGAAGACCGACAGAUCGAGACAGACUGGCGGACUGGAUGAUGCUUCCACUGACUUUUUACAGCACCGUUUUUUGUUUUUUUUUUGCGGCCUGAAAGAGGGAAACUUGAAUAUUUUUUGCUUUUUGAAUUGGAGAGAGAAGGAGGUCAAGGCAGAGAAGACAUCUUCCUGAAAACAAGUUGAGAAUAAAAGAGAAAGAAAGAAAGAGAAAGAGACUCUGGACAGAACCAACAGUGUUGGGUUGAUAAGUCUCUGGUACUCGCUAUUUUUCACUAUCACUCUUCAAAUGUUUCUCUUUUUUUGUACUUACAUUUUUAAAUUUGCAUCAGUUAAAGUUAAACUUCUAUGGUAUGAAAGCAGAAAUCAUACGUACAGACAUAGCACCUGAAUUCACUGUUGCCGUAGCAAUAUGAGAUGAAAAUUUAACUUUGACAAUAUUUGCUAAUCAGUUAACCUGUAAGUAGUUCUGUUACUGAAAUACAUCUUUGUUUUACAAAAAAGGUAAAUGAAUAAAAUAUAUUUGAAAUUUUUAUAAAGAAUA